AUGCCGUACAAACUGUCGGCCGCGUUGUCUGCACACUCCUCCGAUGUUAGGGCGGUCGUGGCCCCCAGAGACGAUCUCGUUCUCUCCGCCUCCCGCGAUACGACAGCGAUCGUCUGGACUAAAGCGGCCGGCUCCUCCUUCACGCAAUCCGCCACCCUCCAUGCUGGCUCGAGGUACAUCAACGCCGUCGCGUACCUGCCUCCAGCCCCGGGUGCUCCAGAAGGAUACGCGGUCACUGGCGGACAGGACACGGUGGUCAACGUCUUCGCACUCCCCAGUACAAAGGGCGAGCCAAACUUCUCCCUCCUGGGCCAUACCGACAACGUAUGCACGCUCCAUACCGCCGAGGACGGCACAAUUAUCUCGGGUUCGUGGGACAAAACCGCGAAGGUGUGGAAGGACUUCCAGCUACUAUACGACCUCGUUGGCCACCAGCAGUCCGUCUGGACCGUUCUGGCUAUCGAUGGCGGCCAAUUCCUGACAGGUUCUGCGGACAACACUAUCAAGCUGUGGAAGCAGCACAAGAACGUCCGCACCUAUCCCGGACAUACGCAGGCCGUCCGCGGCCUGGCCUUGAUUACUGACAUCGGCUUCGCAUCGUGUUCGAACGACAGCGAAAUCCGGAUCUGGACCAUGGAAGGCGACUGCGUGUAUACGCUAUCAGGUCACACGUCUUUCGUCUACAGCAUAUCCGUUCUGCCCAAUGGCGACAUCGUGUCAGGUGGAGAGGACCGGACAGUCCGCGUCUGGCGAGACGGUGAAUGUGCUCAGACUCUCGUGCACCCCGCCAUUUCAGUGUGGACCGUGGCGACGACUCCCAACGGUGAUAUUGUGACCGGUUGCAGUGAUGGAAUCGUGCGCGUCUUCAGCCCAGAAGAGGAGCGCUGGGCACCAGCAGAUCAGCUCAAGGCGUUCGACGACCUGGUCGCGGCGCAAGCCCUUCCUGCCCAGGAGAUCGGCGACAUCAAGAAGUCUGAUCUGCCCGGGCCAGAAGCGUUGACGCAGCUAGGCAAGAAGCCUGGAGAGGUCAAGAUGAUCAGGCGCGGCGAGAGCGUAGAAGCUCACCAGUGGGACAGCGCAUCGUCGAGCUGGCAGAAAAUCGGUGACGUCGUCGAUGCCGUCGGCUCGGGGCGCAAACAGCUGUACCAGGGCCGCGAGUACGACUUCGUCUUCGACGUUGACGUCAAGGAGGGUGCCCCACCAUUGAAGCUUCCUUACAACGCGGGCGACAAUCCUUACAUUGCUGCGCAGCGCUUCCUGGAGAACAACGAGCUUCCCCUCAGCUACCUCGACGAAGUUGUUCGGUUCAUCGAGAAGAACGCGGGAGGCGCGACAGCCGCCCCGUCGGGCGAGCAAUUUGCGGAUCCUUACACCGGUGCCUCCAGGUACCAGGCCUCACAAGCAACGGCAUCCGCGGGAGCGUCCGACUACCAGGACCCCUUCACCGGCGCUUCAAGGUACCGUGCUCCUUCGGCUGCCCCUACACCUCCUCCAGCAGUUGCGACCGGCAACGAUCCUUGGACGGGCGCCUCGCGGUAUUCCAACAGCGCGACUUCGCCGGUCAUGCCCCCGCCCCCGCUAGCCACCAACACGAAUGUAGUAAAUGUUAUACCUGUUAGAACUCCACUAUCUUUCCGUCAAGCACAUGUAUCCGCAAUGCAAGCCAAACUGUACCAAUUCGACCAGGCCCUCCGGAACGAAAUUUCGACCGGAUAUCUCGCAAUGUAUCCUCAAGAGCUGAAUCUCAUCGACGAAACUUUCACGUAUCUUGCUCAAGCUGUAUCACAUCCCCUUGACCCCCCUUCGAAGAAGCUCACCAGCAACCACAUCGACGCCAUCAUCCAGCUCCUCGAGCGCUGGCCCCAGUCUCAGAUUUUCCCCCUGAUGGACCUCAGCCGUCUUGUCCUCGCGUUCUGCCCGACAGCGUAUACCGACCCGGCUUUGCGGACCCGGUUCUUCGCGGCCUUGUUCAAGGGCGCGAGCUGGAACGAGCCGUGGUCGUCACCGCUCCCUAAACAGCGCGAGACUAACACGCUCUUUCUUCUGCGCUCCCUUGCCAACGUCUUCCAGGACGGAACGACGCUGAAGGACGGCGCAUGGGUGCAGGAGGUUCUUAACACGUUGGGCGAAGUCCCAUACGUUGUCCUCACUAACUCGCUUCGUGUGUCCUUGACGACCAUCCUGUUCAACGUAUCGUGCACCGGCCUGCGGGAGAUGCUGACCGUUCCUCUGCGGAACCAGCUCGUCGCUCUGGUUCUCGAGAUUUUGAACUCAGAGAAGACCGAAGGCGAAGCCGCGUACCGCGCCCUGGUUGCCCUCGGCGACAUUGCUUUCGCCGCGAAGGAGCAGGCGCACCCGCUCCUCCCAGAACACCAGAACACCGCUCGACAAGUGCUCGCUGCGCUCACCGUGACGUUCCCCGAGCCCCGCAUCCGGGACGUCUCAAAAGAGGUCGUCGCACUGUUCUGAUCUCGCGCCCCCUUCCACGAACCCCAAAAACAUAUGCUCGUAUUAUACGGUGAAAUAGGGACGCGUGCUUCUGUGCGUGGGGUAUACGUAGGUCGGAUGGCUGGUUCUCGUUCCGAGGAGGUUGUUCAAAUUGUUCAUGGGCGGGAAUGGUCGUUGCACGGAGGCACCGCGGACGAGCGUCCUCGACACUCGAUUCUUGACUGAGGCGGAUGGACUUGUGUUUCGUUACCGUAAAGAAGGGGUAUCCACCAUCAAUGUAGCGUUGUCUUUCUAUACUUCCCAUGUCUUUGUCUCUCCUCUCCUCUCCUCACCCACAUAUUGCCAUGCCCCCGCUUCAUGCACUCACACCUCUUUCGCUCAUCGACUUC